AGAAGUUGAAGUAAUGUUUUGAAGGAUAGAUUGGGUUAAUUUCCUGGAAAUGGCUACUUCUCUGCUGUCCCCUUAUCUCUCUUCUCCCCAUUUCUUCCAUAAAUUCUACCCCUUUACUUCUUCACUUCAAUCGUCUAAACCCGUCUUCAAAACCUUCAAAGUCAGAGCUAUCCAACAAAAAACAGAAGAAUUAAAACCACCAUCUUCCUCUUCUGCUGAGGAAGUUACUAAGAAGUAUGGCCUUGAAGCUGGCCUUUGGCAGAUAUUCAGCUCAAAGGAGGAAGGAAAAGUGGAAGGAAAGGCAAAGAAAUCAAGGGGGGAUCAAGCGAAGGAACUACUAGCCAAAUAUGGAGGAGCAUACUUGGCCACUUCCAUUACUCUCUCUUUGAUCUCCUUCGCACUCUGCUAUGCUCUAGUUGCUGCGGGAAUUGAUGUUCAAGCUCUGCUACAAAAGGUGGGAAUAUCGACUGAUGCAACUGGGCAACAAGUGGGGACCUUUGCUUUGGCGUAUGCUGCACACAAGGCUGCAUCUCCAAUAAGGUUUCCUCCAACGGUAGCUCUCACUCCCAUUGUUGCUAGUUGGAUUGGAAAGAAAGUUGAAAAGGAUGAAUGAGCUGCUUAUAUCCCAUAUUGCUUAAGAUGUAUUACACAUCUUUUGUUAAUUCUUUAUCCUUGUCCUCCAUUUACUGUUUCUCACGUUAAAGAGUACAAAAUUGCCUUCGUAUUAAUGAAAAUUGUGUAAAUGCUAA